GCUCCACACCCGGAAGCGCCGCACGCUCCUGCACUCGCCUCUCUGCCGCCUUCUUCUGGCACACAGGACUUUAACUUGUCCUCUCAUAGAGGCAACUUACUAACGUUCACCGGUAAUCGAUUCGGGUUUUGGGAAGGAAAAAAAACAACAACAAAAAACGGUUCCGGUGAAUUUGUUUCUCGCGUUACCGCAAGGCGGAAGGCUGAGCAGCGCUAGGCAACGAGCCGCAGUCAGUCAGUGACAUUGACACGUUAGUGGUGUUGUGCACAAGUUAAUGUGUGCACGGUAACGCGCGGCUCCGGAGCGCUUCCCCCUGCAGUUCCCCCGGCGUCUGCUACAAUGAGCGAAUACUUCAGCCUGUCGGACAGUGAUGUUAUCGGCUUCGACCUGGACCACACGCUCUGCCGCUACCAUCUGAAGGAGACCUCCAGGCUGAUCUAUGAGAGCUUUGCCAGGUAUCUGGUGGAGCAUAAAGGCUAUGACAAGGACCUGCUAAACCUAACCCCUGCUACCUGGGAUUUCUGUUUUAAAGGACUAGUGGUGGAUCUGGAGGAUGGAAACCUUGUGAAGCUGGCUGAGGAUGGAACUGUCUUGCGAGCUACACAUGGAACCAAUGACCUCAGCACAGAAGACAUCAUCAAACAUUAUGGUCCAAAGAGGGAGUGGAAGCACUUCAACAGCCUCAAUACCUCCUUCACAAGAUCUGCUAAAUACUAUUUCUAUGACAACUACUUCGAUCUACCUGGGGCUCUCCUCUGUGGAAGAGUUGUGGACAUGUUGCGCAAGCGAGGAAAUGAGGUGAAUUCCGACUUUUGGAAAGACAUAGUUGCUGCCAUCGACCACAAUUACAACACAGCUGCAUUCAAAGCGGACGCAGGGACGUACUUCCCCAGUGUGAAGAGGGACCCGGGCCGGUACCUGCAGCCCUGCUCCGACUCCGUCAAGACCUGGUUACGCAGCAUGAAGAGCGCCGGGAAGGUCCUCAUCCUCAUCACUAGCUCCCACAGUGACUAUUGUAGGCUUAUCUGCGAACACAUCCUGGGGAAGGAUUUCGAGGAGCUAUUUGACGUCAUCAUCACAAACGCCUUGAAGCCCGGUUUCUUCUCCUUGGUGCCCCAGCAGAGGCCCUUCAGGACCCUUGUGAACGACGUGGAGGAGAGCGAGGGGCUGCCGUCGCUGGACAAACCCGGCUGGUACUCCCAGGGCAACUGGCCGCACCUCCACGAGCUGGUCAAGACCAUGACGGGCAAGCCAGAGCCCAAGGUGGUGUAUUUUGGAGAUAGCAUGAGGUCGGACAUGUUCCCCGCCAGCAGCUUCGGGAAGUGGGAGACGGUGAUGAUCGUGGAGGAAAUGGAGGGGGAGGGCGUCCCGAAGAGUGACGCGGCGAUGUCCAACGAGGCCCAAGUGGAGCCGCUGGAGAAAAAGGGAAAGUUUGAGGAGCAGGGCAUGAAGUCGCCCUCCGAUGUGUCCAACCAGUGGGGCUCCUACUUCGUCGACGUGCACAAAAGCGGAGGAGGGGACGAGGAGAGCCAGAAACUGACCUGGUGCUGCCACAGCAUCCACAAAUACAGCACCAUGGCCAUCCCCAGUGUCGAGCACAUAGCAGAUCUCCCUCUGGAUUACAAGUUCCCCAGAUUUUCUCCCGACAAGCCCUGCACCACCGGCUACUACCCCAGACCCCCGGAUUCUUUGCUGAAAAGGUGUGAGAGUCUGUCGUAAAAAAAGAAGAAGAAGGGGGAAAAAAAAAGGAAAGAAAAAAAAAAGUCCUCCCUUACCCCUUUGCCUCAGGAGAGGAAUGUUCCUCCAUUUUUUGCCUGUAGUUUCCCACCUGACCCCGCCGCCAUCUGUGGAGCACAGGAAGCAUACACUCCUCACCCAUUCAGAGAAACCAUGUGAAUGUAAGCCACAGUAUCUCUCUGUAAUAACGCCUACAUUUGAACGUUGUUUCGUGGUUUAGUGUACCGUACACGUGGAAAUAUGACAAAAUAAUGGCGUGUGUGUUUCUGCAUACAUACAGUAACAACAGGAAAUGUAGUGUUUUUAUUGUUUCAUGCGUGAUGCCCUUAUUAUUUCCUAUGGUAGCUUGUUUUUAAAAAUGUUAUUUCUUUGAACUUUUUCAAAAUAAAGUUAACAUUUUACUCUC